AUGUUAUACAUUUAUCUUUUACUUUUAUUCUUAAACGAAGUAUUAUCAAAACCAAUAGGAUGUUUAUUAAAUAUAACAUUUCUCUCUAUGGAUAUUAAAACUACACAAAAUAAUUUAACAUUGAAUGAAUGUGCAUGUUAUCAAUUGGAAUACAAUUUUUCUGGUUUUAAUUAUUUCAUACAAUAUCAAACAUGCGAACUCUUCGAAAAUUUUACUACCGAAUUCUUAUUACUACCAAAUACACAAACACAAUUUUGUUUUUUCAAUCCACCAACAACAACAGAAUUAAGUACUACUUCUGUGAUUUAUACCACAAUGAUAGAUGAGAUAACAACCGCGACGAACGCAAAAUGGAAUUUAACUGGAAUUACUGUGGCCAGUAGCAAUGGAAAUAGCAGUAUUCUUAAUCCGUAUGCAAUAUUUGUUGAUGAUCAAUAUUAUAUUUAUAUUGCAGAGAAGGGAAACAGCAGGAUUUCUAAAUGGCCUCCGAAUCCAAAUGAUUCAGCAUCUUCAUCUAUCUUUCAAACAGCAGCUGGCCAAUUAAAUCAACCACCAAGUUUAUAUGUUGAUAGUAAGACAAAUACUAUAUAUGUUGCAGAUGAAUCAAAUAAUCGUGUUGUAAGUUUUACAAAUGGAUCAACCAUAGGUUCUAGUGUGACGAGUAUCUUAUCUGGUACAUUACCUGCCGUUUCAGGAAUUUAUUUAGAUCCAAAUGGAACAAUUUUCAUUACAGAUACAGGUCAAAAUCGGAUAUAUAAUUGGUUUACUAAUCAAAGUGCUAUUGGUGAACAGGGAUCAGGCAAUAAUGCAAGUCAAUUAUAUCAACCAAAACGUUUCUUUAUUGAUAGUAAUUACUCAUUCUAUGUAGCUGAUUCAGGAAACAGUCGCGUGCAAAAAUGGAAGAGAGGAGCGACAAUGGGUGAAACAGUAGCCGGCGGUUAUGGUGCAGGUUCGAAUGCAAGUCAAUUAUCAGGACCGUUAGGUGUAGUGGUAGAUAGCCAAGGCAAUAUUCUUGUUUGUGAUUCUAACAACCAUCACGUACAAAAAUGGACUCCUGGUGCAACAAUAGGACUGACAAUUGCUGGUAAUUCAAAUGGUACAGCUGGUUCAAGUUCAAUGGAAUUAAAUGCACCAAAAGGAAUUGCUAUUGACAAAAGUGAUAAUUUAUAUGUUGUUGAUUCUAAUAAUUUUAGAAUACAAAAACUUAAUGUUUUAUAA